CAGAACAGUAGUAACCUUUCUCAUUCCAGACAGUGAAGGCUCCCGUAUAUAAAGUCUCGAUAGGCGUCUGCGAGAACUCAUUUUAACACCGUUGUUCACAAUAUACUACGUGCUGUAUUCUGUGCUGCUACUUUGUUCGUGAAAAGGUACAACAUGGCAAUGAAGUUGGCUUACUGGGAUAUUCGCGGGCUUGCUCAGCCCAUUCGUCUGCUCCUGGAGUACACUGACACUAAAUAUGAGGACAAGUUCUACACCUGCGGAGAAGCUCCAAACUAUGACAAAAGUUGCUGGUUUGAUGAGAAGCACAAACUGGGCAUGGACUUCCCCAAUCUGCCGUAUCUGGAGGACGGAGACAGGAAGAUUGUCCAGAGCAAUGCCAUCAUGAGAUACAUCGCACGCAAACACAACCUCUGUGGGGAGAGCGAAGACGAGAAGGUUCGUGUGGACACUCUGGAGAAUCAGGCGAUGGACUUCCGGAACGGAUUUGUGAUUAUGUGCUACACAGACUUUGACAAGAUGAAGCCAGGCUACACAGAGAGACUGCCUGGAACACUGAAGCAGUUCUCAGAGUUCCUAGGAACCAGGAAGUGGUUUGCUGGUGACAAGAUCACCUUUGUGGACUUCAUCAUGUAUGAGCUUUUGGAUCAACAUAUAAUGUUUGACGCCAAGUGCCUGGACGACUUCAAGAACCUACAGGAACUUGUAGACCGCUUUGAGGCUCUGGAGAAGAUUGCAGCCUACAUGAAGUCAAGCCGCUUCAUAAAGACUCCUGUCAAUAACAAGAUGGCCAAGUGGGGCAACAACAAAGAGUAAAGAAACCAA